UGUUGUUUGGAAAAUUUCAAUGCGUAACGUUUCCGUUGGAAACAUUCCGUUAUCCGCACGAAGUUGGAAUCGACCGUUUCUAAAACACACCGCGUAACAAUCGUGAACGGUUGAUGUUUAUAGAGUAACGAACGGCAAAACGUGUGCAAUUAAAGCCAGUGCUUCCUCCGCGAACAAUACACGCGCUAAUCGGCCUUUGUUUACACGUUGAACACUUUAUCACGGUUUAUCGUACGCCGUGGAUGACAGAUGCACACAUUGUAGUACGAUACUGACGCGCCAAGCGAGAAGAGCUUAACCUCAAAUCGUUUGUACAAACGAUCACGUCGGAGGAAGAUUUUCGAAGGUAAUUCAAGUGUAUGGGACAGGGAGCCAUUGAAUUUCGUAUCGGCGCGACCUCCAGAAGGUCGACCAUGUUAUGCAAACAUUAAACAGCACACAAACGUUGCCCAUGUUUGUACAAAAAAGUCGAUCCCCCUCGCAAUAAUAACAUGUGAUACGAGUUGACGUAACGAACGUACGAAAUCACGCAUAAAUAAAUACCUGAUAUCUACGAUCGAUAAGAAAUUCACUCAACGAAGAAUUCCACGUAUGUCGUGUAGUCUCCCACGUAUCUUUUUCGUUAUACCGUGGCAGUAAAUAAUACAGGACGAGACGAAAUUCACGGACGACAAUAUACGCGGACGAGAGAACGAGCGACCCGAACACGACACACGGAAACACCUCUGGCACCAAUCUCACCGAGCGCUCGCCGGCGAAUGCUCGAGCUUGAGCGCCUCGCGCUGUCUAAUAUGCACUCUCCAGUCUGCCCACUGCACGCCUCGACCACGGCAUGGCGUACCGCUCCACGCUACAAGGUGACUGGCGUGUUAACAGGCACAAUAACUUCUGCCCCGUCCGAGGUGCCAUGCCUCGAAUUAUCGGGUUAUCGUUAUCGGAUCGAACACGCUUCUCAUCGAUGAUAAUUUUAGAUAACAAUCGACGAACCCGUCAUCCCUGAUAAAGGUGAACUACAGGUUGAGGCCUAAAUGUUAUGGUGGAGAUCAACAUUGAAGCCCUCGCUUCACGUGUGAUACGCCUGUAAGACGUGGACGUUGUUCAUGGAGGUCUAAUUAGCGACCAUCUAUUUAAGGUUUGCAUAAGGGUCUUAAACUAACAAAAGUUUAGGUAUCAUUCCGAAUGGUGUAUUAUGAAUAAUCAGGCAAGUUGUGUGCACGCGUCGCUGCAUAUCCUCCGCCAAACUUUCGUUGGAAACGCAUCAUAAGGAAGCCUCCCUACAUUACCAGUCGAGUCACUAUCCUCGUAGAUAAACCGUACGAAAUUGAUAAUUCGGUUUGGUGUCCAUGGUAACGUUAUUAAGCGACUUCUAACAGACGAAACCUUUUGUCACACGAACGUCAUAUUUUUUGUUUAAUAACAUGGGUGAAAACGACACAGAAUUUGUUCACGUCGCGAAACAUGGCAAGAAAUCCUUGCUCGAAAGAUACGAUAUACCGGUUGAGCAUCUUUCGUACGAAUACAUUUCCGAAUGCACAGAUGCGAAAAAGUUGGAGCGCAUUGUAAUUAUACUGCGAUCCGGUGAAGAGGGAUUUUAUCCAGAUUUAACGAGACACGCAGAAGAACGUCUGGCCGUUGUUAAGCCAACGAGUAUAAUUCUAAGAAAGUCUGAACCUAUUUUAACACGUAACGUGUUAGAUCCGAACGAUUGUAAAGAGAUUGAUACCGAUAUUAAUCGCUGGAUGUCCGAAAUGCAAUCUCGAGAGAAAGAUCUCGAAGAAGGAAAAAGUACCGUCAUAACGGAACCUAUUCUUCAACCGGAUAUCAGGCAAUUUAAGGAGAAUCUUGCAAAAAAAAAUACAAUAACACAUUCGAAAACCAGCAAUAAGACAAAACGAAUAUCCUCAUGCGAUUAUGCUGCAUGGGAUAGAUACGACGUUGAUACCGAAUUAAGUAAAAUUGAUAUACGAGACGAGCAAAAGCGGACUGAAGCUAAAAGAUUCCAACAAAAGCAAAAGGAAUCGUUUCAAAAAAAGACACUCGAUAAGGAAACAAUUCUUAAUAAAUCGUCAUUAACCGGAACCGAAUUGAACGUCAUGGCGGAUCAAGAAAGAGGAAAGGGAAACGAGGCUUUCAAGGUUGGAGAUUACGAAGAGGCUCUUGAACAUUAUAAUACUAGCAUAAAAAUAGACUCGGCUAUAACCACUUACAAUAAUCGCGCGAUAACAUUUAUCAAACUUGGACGUUACGAAAACGCCCUCAAGGAUUGUAACUUUGUUCUCAGCGCGGAUUGUAUGAACAUAAAAGCUUUACUCCGCCGUGCUGUAGCUUUAGAACAUCUCGAAAAAUCAUCCGAGGCAUUAGCUGACUAUGAAACUGUUUUAAAAUUGGAACCGACAAAUUCCAGUGCUAUAGCUGGAGUCAAUAAAUUGAGAAAACCUUGUGACUCUAAGAAAGUAAGAAUGGUUAUUGUCGAACAAAACGAGACUGGAGAUGAAGGAACACAAAAUAAGAAAACCGAAGAAAAUAAUAAUUAUAACAAACAAUCUGAAUCGAAAGUAAAUAUUGAAAGUAGUAUAUGUUACUGCGACAGAGCUCCUGGACCGUCGAAAAAUUUAAGACCUAGGCCACACUUCAAGGGGGACUACUGCCUUGAAAAUGAUAACAAACAAAAAGUGCUAGUUGAAACUAACGUUUCGAAAAGACCAGAGUUGAACAAAAAUUUAAUUGACAAAGUGUAUAAUUCAACACAAAGAAAUACGAAUUCACCAUCAUUUGAAAAUCCGAAAUCAAUUUUUUCUUAUCCAAUGCCCUCUAAACGAAGUAGUUCAGUCAUUAUCGAAGAAUUGCCCAGUGAAUUUAGCAAUAAUAACCCUAAAGAAAAUAAAAGUAUUUCUAAUGGAACAAGUUUGAAUAAGAAUAAUUUCAAUAAAAAUAGUAAUAAAACAUCAGAGACUAACAAAUUGAAUGUUGAAAAGUCAAAUGAAAAUUGUAAACUUGAUGUAGCAUCGACUCCAAGAAAAAUUCAAGACGAUAAAUAUGAAAGAAAAACUUGCAAAUCGGAAAAAUAUAUUUCUAAGAAUUUUAGUACUAUUGAAACCUCCUACGAAUUCAUGCGUAUAUGGCAGUCAUUGAAGAAUGAUGACUUAGAGAUACACGCCCAGUUAUUGCGAUCUUUGAACGUCGAUAAAUUAGGUUCAAUUUUAGGCAACGAACUUGAGGGAAAUAUGUUCAGUACUAUAUUACAAUGCUUAGAGCGGCAUUUUUGCACUCCUAAUGACACAAAACUGCUGAAUAAUUUCUUAAAGUCAUUUAGUGAAGUGAAACGUUUCUCGAUUAUGAACAUGUUCAUGAAUCCCGAGGAUAAACGAGCAAUGAAGAACAUAUUAAACUUUUUAGAAGAACAUGGCACGUCAGAAGUUUCUUCUCUGCGACGAAUUUACUGUAUCUGAAAGCACCAUAUGUAGUUUUAAGCGUUUUCGAAUUUGGUAGUGACAUUUGUGUCAGAAGUACCAACUUUAUAUAACUUAGUAACAGUACUCGAGACAAC